CGGCCUGGCGGAGGAGGUGGAGGCGCAGGGCGCGGGGUUGCGGCGUACUAGCGGUGCCCGCCGAGGGGAGGAGGCGGAGGAGCUGCGCGGCCAGAGCGGGAAAGAGACUCACCUCGGCGGCGACGGAGCGGUGGCGCUGCCGCAGCUCGGCUCCUGGGGCUGUGACGAGACGGAGCGUCUGCUGUCCCUUCAGGUUCCCCUCGGAGCGACCCGCGCGAUCGGAAAGAGGGUGAAGAUGGAGGGGGAGGGCGGCGGCGGCAGCGGCAGCGGCAGCGGCGCGGGCACCAGCGGGGACGGCGGGGACGGCGGCGAGCAGCUCCUCACUGUCAAGCACGAGCUGCGGACCGCCAACUUAACAGGACAUGCAGAGAAGGUGGGAAUUGAAAAUUUUGAGCUGCUGAAGGUCCUAGGAACUGGAGCUUAUGGGAAAGUAUUUCUAGUUCGUAAAAUAAGCGGUCAUGAUGCUGGAAAGCUGUAUGCCAUGAAAGUUUUGAAAAAGGCAACAAUAGUUCAAAAGGCUAAAACUACAGAGCACACAAGGACAGAACGACAAGUUCUGGAGCACAUUAGACAGUCGCCAUUUUUGGUGACACUGCACUAUGCUUUCCAGACAGAGACCAAACUUCAUCUCAUUUUAGAUUAUAUAAAUGGUGGAGAACUUUUUACUCAUCUUUCUCAAAGAGAGCGUUUCACAGAGCACGAAGUACAGAUCUAUGUUGGAGAGAUUGUGCUCGCCCUGGAACACCUGCACAAGUUGGGGAUUAUAUACCGUGACAUUAAGCUUGAAAAUAUUCUACUUGAUUCUAAUGGCCAUGUGGUGCUGACAGAUUUUGGUCUGAGUAAGGAGUUUGUGGCUGAUGAAACUGAAAGAGCAUAUUCUUUUUGUGGAACUAUUGAAUACAUGGCACCAGAUAUUGUCAGAGGGGGUGAUUCAGGACAUGACAAGGCAGUUGACUGGUGGAGUUUAGGUGUUCUAAUGUAUGAACUACUAACGGGAGCAUCUCCUUUCACUGUUGAUGGAGAAAAAAAUUCCCAGGCUGAGAUAUCUAGGAGAAUCUUAAAAAGUGAGCCUCCAUAUCCCCAGGAAAUGAGCGCUCUAGCUAAAGACCUGCUUCAGCGGCUUUUGAUGAAAGAUCCCAAGAAGCGAUUGGGAUGUGGCCCCCGGGACGCAGAGGAAAUCAAAGAACAUCUCUUCUUUCAGAAAAUAAAUUGGGAUGACUUAGCUGCCAAAAAAGUGCCUGCACCAUUUAAACCAGUGAUCCGGGACGAGUUAGAUGUGAGUAACUUUGCUGAAGAGUUCACAGAAAUGGACCCUACCUAUUCUCCUGCAGCCCUGCCCCAGAGCUCUGAGAGGCUCUUUCAGGGCUAUUCCUUUGUUGCUCCUUCUAUCCUCUUCAAGCGUAACGCGGCUGUCAUAGACCCUCUUCAGUUCCAUAUGGGAGUUGAACGCCCUGGAGUAACAAAUGUUGCCAGGAGUGCAAUGAUGAAGGACUCACCAUUCUAUCAACACUAUGACCUAGAUCUGAAAGACAAACCUUUGGGAGAAGGAAGUUUUUCGAUUUGUCGCAAGUGUGUUCAUAAAAAAAGUAACCAAGCAUUUGCCGUCAAAAUAAUCAGCAAAAGGAUGGAAGCCAAUACUCAGAAAGAAAUAACAGCUCUAAAACUCUGUGAAGGACACCCCAAUAUCGUGAAGCUGCAUGAAGUUUUUCAUGAUCAGCUCCAUACAUUCCUUGUGAUGGAACUUCUGAAUGGGGGAGAGCUGUUUGAGCGCAUCAAGAAGAAGCAGCACUUCAGUGAGACUGAGGCCAGCUUCAUCAUGCGCAAGCUUGUCUCAGCUGUGAGCCACAUGCAUGAUGUUGGAGUGGUGCACAGAGACCUGAAACCUGAGAAUUUAUUGUUCACUGAUGAAAACGACAACUUGGAAAUUAAAGUAAUUGACUUUGGGUUUGCACGCCUCAAGCCACCUGACAACCAGCCCCUCAAGACACCAUGCUUUACUCUUCACUAUGCAGCACCAGAGCUCUUGACGCACAAUGGCUAUGAUGAGUCCUGCGACCUGUGGAGUUUGGGUGUCAUCUUGUAUACAAUGUUGUCAGGGCAAGUACCGUUCCAGUCUCAUGAUAGAAGUUUAACAUGCACCAGUGCGGUAGAAAUCAUGAAGAAAAUUAAAAAGGGAGAUUUCUCCUUUGAAGGAGAAGCAUGGAAGAAUGUAUCCCAAGAGGCUAAAGAUUUAAUUCAAGGACUUCUUACAGUUGAUCCAAAUAAAAGGCUAAAAAUGUCUGGCUUGAGAUACAAUGAAUGGCUUCAGGAUGGCAGUCAGCUGUCCUCCAAUCCUCUGAUGACUCCAGACAUUCUGGGAUCUUCAGGAGCUGCUGUGCACACCUGUGUGAAAGCAACCUUUCAUGCCUUUAACAAAUACAAGAGAGAAGGGUUUUGCCUUCAGAAUGUGGACAAGGCCCCUUUGGCUAAGAGGAGGAAGAUGAAGAGGACAAGCACCAGCACGGAGACGCGCAGCAGCUCCAGUGAGAGCUCCCGCUCCUCCUCCUCCCAUUCCCAUGGCAAAACGACGCCCACCAAGACGCUGCAGCCUGGCAACCCCACAGACAGCAGUAACCCAGACACCCUCUUCCAGUUCUCAGACUGAGUACUGUGGGAAUGGUAGGACGUCUUGGCUGACCCUUGCACCUUAGUUCCCUCAGCAUGUGCCUGAGGUAUGAUCUGUGCUUUAAAAAGAUGUCUCCCAUUGUUCUCAUUGGAAUCUGCCUCUUAAUGAAAAAAAAAAAAUUUGGGGGGGGGGGGGGAGGACCUGUUUGGUUAUCUUUGUCCAAAAGCACUGAACAGCGUUACUGUGAAUAGAGGACACAUGAUACUUUUUAGCGGACUAGCACGAUGCCAGCUCAAGAUUCUUCUUGAAACAGCAAAGGUUUCUGUAAUUUUAGUGACGGGUUAGAUAAGUCACAGAUGUUCACAUGUCUGCCAAGAAGACUUGAUGACUUCUGCUAUGCCUGGUGAACACGGUUUUUAAGAGACUUGUACCCUUUGGGUAGUGACCAGAGAAAAAAGGUCUGUUUUCAAAAGAGAUCCUAUAAUGAAUUUUAUGUGUGGCUUUGUUUCUUAAAAAAGAAUUUUAACUUAUUGUUUUUAUUUUAUGGUCAUAUAUACUGAUAACUUGCUAUUAUUAAUCUUUUUCUAAAAAGUGAAAAAAUAUUUAAGAAUUUAAGGUCCUGUAUUCUGCACUUGGGACCAUCUGAACUGCAUGCUAAGCUAUGUUUGUUUUAAAUUUUGCACUGCUCUUUCCUGGCAGUCUGUUUUAAUGGUUAUUGCAGGAAUUAAGGUACAUGUUUCUUGGUUAAUGUAAUACAGCACUUUAUAAAAUAGUAUGAGUAUUGCAGUCUGUCUUAUAAGGUGCACUAUUUAAAGCAUAUGUACUGUAUUUUUGCUAUUCUUUUCAGUAUCUACUUUAAUUUGCUCUCACAUCCCUCUUCUGCUUUCUAUGCAGCAAGUAGAAAGGGACAUGUUGUAUAGUGACUCAUUAGCCACUUAUGCAUCAAUACAAGGAAAAGGAAAGGGAAAUUAUACUCAACACUGUGCUUCAUAUCUGUACACUGUGUUGCACUACAGUGAAGCAUUUUCUCCUGUAGUCAUAUAUUAUGUACAUAAUAUUUUAGAACCAUACCUAUACUUGUUUUUGAAAUAUUUCUGUUAAAUUUUAAAUCCACAAAGCAUUUUAUAAACUUAUGCAGAGCACUUUUAUUGCUCAAAAGUUCUAAAUUGAUAUAGACAAGUGCUAUGCCAUGAAGACAUUUCAUUGAAAGACUGCUUCAUUUUACAAUUCAUAAUACAAACGAAUUAAUUCCCUAUGCAAAAAAGAAAUUACAGGAUUUGUAUUUUUUUUUCCUUUAAAGCCAUUACAUGGAAUGUCAGGACUAAGAAAAAUGAUCUUCACUAUGUUUACAAAAAACAUGCUUAAAAAGAUACUACCCAACAUGUUUAUUUUAGUUUUGUUAGUGAUAACUCUUCAGCAUUAGUUUGGAAUUUGGACAUGAUACCUAUUUAUCUAUUUCUUAAGGUAAUAGCAGCAUUAAUUUUAACCAGUGAUGAGGACUAAAAAUACUGCAUUCUGUGUAAUGGUAAUGUAUUUAUUACUAAAUCAGUGUACAUAUUAAUAGUAUAGGCAACAAAAAAUGGCAAAUAUUAAAAUAUUUUCAAAACAUUA